AUGAGGUACGGCACUCCGUCGAAAGCUGAGAAGGUGCCACUCUACAGGCGCGCCAGCUACAGGUCAUCAGAACAUCGUACGUCUUCUGUCUUCCGCGGUCAACGAGCGCAUUUGAAAUUGACAUCCACGUCCAGUCGGGCAUUAUCCUUGUAUAAUUAUGCGCCUCCCGUAUCUUAUGGUACAUCUUCCCGCACCAGUUCCAGUUCUUCUUCGGGUCUUCCGAGCAUGCAUCCAGGCACGCCAUCUAUGGCUCACGUUCUUCAAUACGAUAGACGGCCUUCUCUGCAACAACGUCAUACUUGGCAGAGUAGUAUCUCAUCUGCGAAUGGAUCGGCCCAGUCAUAUAUUGGAAUGGAUCCUCACGGGAGACGCGCACCUGCACUACACAUGCAUCCACUCUUUGCCUCUACUCGACUUCACUCCGCGCCCAUAAAUUACGACGUCACGUUUGCUCCUUCACCACGAACAGUUCUAGACCGAACCACACAUUCACCUGUCGAUGCCCAUACGUUAUCUCAACCAGCGACUGACCCGCCGACUCCCGCAUCAUCCCGUAUCUUACUCCGCUCAGAUAAGUUCCCGUGGCCCGUGGUCGUCGGGUCUUCCAGAAAUGGGCGCUCCCCAGAUAUCACGAAUCUUGACCUUCUUCACUCAUUGUAUGAGACGCUUCUCACGAGAGUCACGCCUCAGGAGUGGGAGGCUCUUGGUACUGGAAGCAGGGCACAGCGGAAAGUUACGCAGGCGUAUGAACAAAGGUGUACCAGGUUGGGAGGUGGAUGGGAAGGCGGAGUCCGACGAGUGGAUUGGCUGCAUGGGAAGACUCGUUUGAUCGGAAUUGAAGUGGAAAAGCAUGGACCCGGCGCCGGCUCCGGAAGACUCGUGUUUGGCAGGGCUUGA